UAGGAGCUGCUGAACUGAAUAUUCCAGACAACGCGAGUUGAGCGAGGGUUUCCAACUUCUACACUCUCUCUGAUAUUUGAAAUUCCAAAUUGGAGUGCGAAAGGUUACGAUGCUGAGAUUAGGGUUCUCGUCGUGCCUUCAACAUCGUGUGUUCACUAUUCCUUGGGUGAAAAGAACCCCGGUUACGAGAACCUUCUGCUUGGAUCAGCAGGACUACAGUUCUUUGGGCCUGGUUAGGUAUGUUCCUGAGAAGUCUCGGAAGAUCAAUGAAAAUGUGACGUCUGAGCCGGUGAAUGGUUACGAGAAGGAGAAAUAUGCUGAUCAAUUAGAUCUAAGUGUAUCUGGAACUGAAGUCAAAGAAAGCAUUUUGUUCGAUCUCAAAGACCAAAAACAAGCCAGAAAGCACAGGAAGAUCUCUAGUAAUGACUCUAGACAAGGAUGGGUGUGUUGCUUUAUCUACAAGAUAGCAACUACCAAUUUGUAUGGCUGUGUUGCUUUAUCUACAAAAUCGGAAGAAGGCAACAAAGGUAUCAGGUUCAGAGGCAAUGAGUUGACAAGACAUUAUGAGGAGGUGUGUAACGAAAUCGGAUUACACACCGAAGAAGAUAACACUAGGCAGAGUACAAGUAGCAAACAAGACCGUAAAACUGCACUAGAUGCAGAGAAUAUGGCUAUCCAGUUACUGGGUUUAAGAGCAUAUUCUGCAGCUGAGCUGAAGAAGAAGCUUAUUGGAAAGAGGUUUCCUCCUGAGAUCGUUGAUGGGGUGAUUAAAGAUUUUCACUACAGAGGUUUGAUCAAUGAUGGAUUGUACGCAGAGUCAUUUUCUCGAUCUAGAUGGUCUUCAUCAGCCUGGGGACCAAGGCGGAUCAAGCAAGCAUUGUACAAGAAAGGAGUAAGCAAUGCAGAUACAGACGCGGCCAUAAAGCAGGUUUUCGAGGACGGAGAAGAUGACAGAGGAGGAGGAGGAGGAAAUGAAGAAUUGAAGCACGGUUUGUCGAAAAAAGCGAUGGAGCAGUUGUACGUUCAGGCCUCCAAGCAGUGGCUUCGAGGCCGUGACGCUCCUACGGAGACGCGUAAAGGGAGACUGGUACGGUGGCUUCAGUACCGUGGUUUCAACUGGGGCGUCAUUGGUUUCAUUCUGAAGAGAUUGAGUUCCACCUUCGUCUAGUCUCUCUAAGACUCUAAGUUCAUCCUUGAAGUGGAAAGGGUGAGCCCUUUUCAGUUUAUUUCGUGCUUCAUGCUCCACAUUGUGGGGCACGAAAUGUUUCCAUAACUUGGAUUUGAAUUACUCCCAAAUGUGGAUGUGGCGAAAUACUUUCUCGUGGUCAGGCACGGUUGAUCUUGGCGGCAUUGUCACAACUCCCAUGGUUUCGGAGUAUUGGUAAGAGACAAAGAGGAGAUUCUCCACGUUGCAGGAUUCGGUUCCUGUGCUCAAACUCAACGUUUCGAGAUCGUUUCCUGUUUGAACACAUUUCCUAAUGCUCCUUGUGAGACUCGAAUUCGAAAAAUGUCUAUAAUAAUCUUAGGGAGAUCUUAAGCCUCGUUGAACAUAGGAAGAUGCU